UUGUGGAGUUCUGUUUUACACACAACAAUAUGCAUAUUUUUGCUUUGAGUUUUGCUCAGUGGUUACCAUUUAUAGGGAGCUCUUAGAUGCUCUUCAAAACUUUGUUUAUAUGCGUGCACCAUUGAAUGAUUGCUAGUAACAGUAAAGUAAUGUGGUUUAAUGUGAUCUGGUGGAACUAUUUAAAUGUUUUAAUGCUUCUUGAAUGUAAUUCCCAGACAACAUUUGGAGCCAGCUGCAAACUAUAUUCCUGAAGACGCUGUGGACCUUUAUUUGAUCCCACAUCAAUAUUAAAAAUUACAAAUGCCUAACCGAUGUGUUGCUUAUGGCUGUGGGAAGUUCAGCGGGCAAAAUGUCGCAAUGUUCAGAUUUCCCAAAGACCCCGAGGAGUUCCGCAAAUGGGAGAAGCAGGUCAAGAAGACCCGAAAGAAAUGGGUCGCCAAGACGUACUCCCAUCUGUGCUCUGAGCACUUCAGCAAGGACUGCUUUGAUCCGAAAUCUUAUGCCGCUGCAAAGACGAUGGGAUUCAAAGGGCUGAAACUAAAGGAUGGCGCUGUCCCGACGAUUUUCAUCCGACCACCGUGCAGUAACUGCGGAGGAAGCGGUGUCUCCUGUUCCUUUUGUACGAAGAGGAGACGCAGAGCGACCACUGAACCUCAGCAGCUCGCAUCAGAUGAACAGGAAUGGACAUUUAUGAAUGAUGGAGAAGAAGGAAUAUUUGAUGGAGAACACCACAAUCAGCAGAAUUCCAGUGAUGAUGAUGUUAAUAAUUCUGUGACACUUUCUUCCUGUGCAGAAAGUGAUGGAAUGGUUACAUGUGAAAUGUGUGGAACCAAAGGCACCACGGAAACCUUCUUCUCCAGGUCCAAGCGCUUCUGUAGUGUGUCAUGCUCGCGUUCAUACUCAUCCAACUCAAAGAAAUCCUCAAUUAUUGCACGACUGCAGGGAAGGCCACCCACUAGGAAGUCAUCACACAAACUGUCUCUGAAAUCACAGACUGAGGCUUCACACUCAAAAGUGAAUGAGCAGCAUCAGGAGAGCAGAGCAUUUGGACAAGAUGCUACUUUGGCUGGAUUUGACUGGGGUAAUUACCUUGAGAAAAGUGGCCUCCUCGCUGCUCCAGUAUCCUGCUUCAGACAUGUACCACUCUGCGCUCAAUGGGACGACAUCUAUGUGAGGUUAAAAGUGGAGGUUCUCAACACUCACACAGCCUUGCCAAGUAAGGUGUACUGGAUCGCCACUGUUGUGCAGCUGGCAGGCUAUAUGGCUCUUCUGCGUUAUGAGGGUUUUGAGGAUGAUGACAGCCAUGACCUGUGGUGUAAUUUAGGCACGGCUGAUGUUCAUCCUAUAGGCUGGUGUGCAGUGAACAGCAAGCUCCUGGUGCCCCCUCAAGAGGUCCACCAGCAUAUUAAAGACUGGAAAUCCUACCUUAUGGAGAGACUGGUUGGAGCGCACGCUCUUCCUGUUGACUUUCAUGUCAAGAUGGCAGACAGUUUGAGGUGUCCGUUCAGGCAGGGGGUUCGGGUGGAGGUGGUCGAUCGCUCGCAGGUGAGCCGUACUCGUUUGGCAGUGGUGGAUACUGUCGUAGGAGGCCGACUCAGACUGCUGUAUGAGGAUGGGGGCCUGGGACCCUCGGGUGAAGUGCUCUCAGAUUUCUGGUGUCACAUGCAGAGUCCUCUAUUACACCCUGUAGGCUGGUCUGAAAGAGUGGGCCACUCAAUCAAAGAAACAGAUACAAGUGUCAACAUGAGUAGCCAUCCAGCAUUUCGCAAAGUCCUUCAAAACAGUGUGCCAGAUCAGUUCAAGAAGUUGAGGACAGUUUACAUGGGAGAUACGUUUUUUGAGGAAGGCAUGAAACUUGAAGCAAUUGAUCCUCUGAACCUUGGGAACAUCUGCGUCGCAUCAGUCCGUAAGGUGUUGCUGGAAGGAUACAUCAUGGUAGGCAUCGACGGUGUCGAGAUCGGUGAUGGCUCGGACUGGUUUUGUUAUCAUGCCAGCUCGCAUGCCAUUUUACCUGUUGGAUACUGCGAGAACAACAACAUACCUCUUACCCUACCUCCUGGUUAUGAUCAUGCCACAUUCAUAUGGACGAAAUAUUUAGAAGAAACAGGAACUGUAGCUGCUCCACGAAGACUUUUCAACACAGAUGAUGUAGGCCAUGGCUUUACCUCAGGUAUGAAGCUAGAGGCAGUGGACCUCAUGGAGCCGCGGUUGGUGUGUGUGGCCACUGUUAGGCGCUGCGUAGGCCGGCUUCUCCUUCUUCACUUUGAUGGCUGGGAGCCUGAGUUUGAUCAGUGGGUAGACUGUCAGUCUCCUGAAAUUUAUCCUGUGGGUUGGUGUGAAAUCACUGGCUACCAGCUGCAGCCACCCAUCGGCCCAGAACCACCUCAGGGUCAAGAACGCUCACACAUAAGCAAAAAGGCAAAACCUUUUAUGGGAAAAAGGAAGCGCAGAUUUAUAAAGAAAAACAUGAGUAAAUGCACAUCUAAAAUCCAGCCCGCACAGCCCACUGAGAAUCCAGAGAAGAAUCAAUCACAAGAGGCAUCAAACCCUUCUGUCACUCCACUUACCUCACAAAUAAAGACUGAACCUGAGGAAGAAAUUAUUUCAGUAAAAGUGAAGGUGGAGGAAAUGGAAACCCCCUUAUUAUCCAGUGCACAAACCAAAGAAAGGGACAACCCAGAACCCUUCACAACCUUCAAACAGGAGGACUCCGUUUAACCCUACUCUGCUAAUAUAAAAAAAUAUAUAUAGGCAAAUGUGUGAACCAGAUUGUCUAUUUUGUGGAUUUUAGUAUUAAACACAGGUAGUCUGUUUAUUAACCAUUAAUUUUUGUUCUGAAAUAACACUGGUAGUUAUUUAACUCAACCAAGCUGUUAAGUGAUUAU